AUGUCCCUACCCAACAACCGCGCCCUCCCCAUCCUGGACCACGCCUACCAGCACCACUACGGCAUCCCCGCCAUGUGCUGCUACAACCUCGAAGGCAUCCUGGCAACCGUCCGCGCCGCCGAAAAGCUCCGCUCCCCCGCCAUGAUCCUCCUCUUCCCCUGGGCCNUACACUACGCCGGAUCCAUCCUCGUGCACGCCGCCGCCGAAGCCGCACGCAACGCCUCCGUCCCGAUAACCGUGCACCUGGACCACGCCCAAACACCCGAAAUAGUCCGCCAGGCAGCGGACAUCACCCCCGGUUUCGACAGCAUCAUGAUCGACAUGUCGCACUACGAGAGAGCCGAGAACCUAGCGUUGACCCGCGAACUCGUGGCAUAUUGCCACGAGCGCGGCAUCGCGACUGAAGCGGAGCCAGGGCGCAUCGAGGGCGGCGAAGACGGCAUCUCAGACACGGCUGAUCUGGAGGGCGUGUUGACGACACCUGAGGAGGCGGAGGAGUUCGUGAAUACGGGGAUUGAUUGGCUUGCCCCGGCUUUUGGCAAUGUGCAUGGGAGUUAUGGACCCCGCGGGAUUAGGUUGGAGUAUGAUCGGUUGGAGAGCAUAAGGGAGAGGGUGGGGGAUAGGGUCAGGCUGGUGUUGCAUGGAGCGGAUCCCUUUGAUAAGGGGAUUUUUGAUAGGUGUAUUGGGGCUGGGGUUAGUAAGAUUAAUAUUAAUAAGGUGUUGAAUGGGGAGUGGGUUGGUGUUAUGGGGGAGAAGGCUAAUGGGAAGGGGGUAGGGGUUAUGGGGUUGGUGGAGGAGGCGACGGAGAGGAUGGAGAGGGCUGUGGAGAGGUGUAUUGAGGUCUUGGGGUCGGGAGGGAGUAGCGACUUCAACUGUCUUCAUGCACGGGGGAGCAGAAUCUCUAUGAUACAAGUAGCGAAGACAGGUCUAGACCAAGAUGGCAUUUGCUAUCAUUUGCUACCAGGUCACGGAUUCUAG